ACCCGACCCGGUGCAAUCCAAAUAUCCAGAAGUCCGCCAUUUCCUGAAAUCGGUAAUCCGCCAUAUGCAAAACCCCAUAAACCCUAAACUCCCAAAUUCUCUGGAAACAAAAAAUGAUUCAUUACUAACUUUUUGAGUAGAUUCGAUUCACCCGUUAAACUUCGAGUCUUCCCGCAAAAUUUUUUCCCUUUCAAAAAAUGACGAUCCAUUCAGUAGUAAUCCAGAAACUCUUAACAACAAAUUCCCACAUCAGCCGACAAACAGUAACCCACCAUUUCAAACAAUUUACCUACGGAAUCCGAAACAAGCAAGCCAUCCUCGAUUCUGACAAGACCCUAAUCUGCCUCCGCAAUGCUCUCAACUUCAUCACGUGCCUCUCACGUGACCCAUCUUCCUCUUUCCUCUUCAUCAACACCAACCCUCUUUUCCAACCCAUAAUCGACGAGAUGACCUUGAAAGUGACAACCUUCAAUCCUGAAAGGGUAAGCAACCUUUGGAAGAUGCGUGGAUUUUUGACCAACAGUUUCAGUCCUAAGAAGUUUCGGUCUAGGAAUAAGAAACUAGUUUUUGGGCCGACUAGGUUGCCUGAUUGUGUUGUGGUUUUUGAUACUGAGAGGAAAAGUUCGAUUUUGUCGGAAGCGGAAAGGUUGGGGAUUCCGAUAGUUGGGUUGGUUGAUUCGAGUACGCCGUUGGAGUUUUAUAAGAAGGUUACUUAUCCAAUACCGGCUAAUGAUUCUGUUCAGUUCGUUUAUUUGGUUUGUAAUAUGAUUACUAAGUGUUUAAUGUUGGAGAAGAAGAAAAAAGAGGGAGAAAAGAGGAUUGGGAGGAAGGCUACAAGUAGGGAAGAAGUUAAGCAAAUUGAAGAGAGCACUGGUGAGAGCAAGGUGGAAAGUGCAAAUGAAGUGCUUGUCAUUCCCUAUGAUAACUUAGCACCUCUUUCUGGGGAUAUUGCAGACAUGAAGCAGCUUUUAGACAAGCUUGUUGUGGUGAAGUUCAAUGGAGCUUUGGGAAAAAAUAUGGGUUUCAAUGGUCCCAAGUCUUUGAUUGAAGUUAAAAAUGGGUCAACAUCUCUGGACUUAACUGUUAACCAAAUUCAGUCGCUAAAUUCCAAGUAUGGAUGCAAUGUUCCUCUGCUUCUGAUAAACUCAAGGACAACACACGAUGAUGUCUUAAAGGUUUUGGAGAAAUAUUCCAGCUCAAAGAUAGAUAUACAUUCUUUUAGACAGGGGGACCAAAUUCAACAGGAGUUAUCUUUCAGUGAGGGCGGUGAGGAUGAAUGGUAUUCUUCUGAUCAUGGUGCUCAAUUCCUUUCCCUCAUGAGUAGUGGAACUCUUGAUGUAUUACUUUCCCAGGGUAAGGAGUAUGCCCUUGUGGUGAACCCUGAUAACGUGGCUGCUGUUGUGGACCCAAAAAUCUUGAACCAUUUGGCCCAAAACAGUGUUGAAUACUGUAUGGAGGUGAUGCCAACCACCUCAGGUGGUUUGAUGAACUUUAUGGCUAGUUCACUCCAAGGAAAGUUUAAGCUUGAAGACUUCACUUCAAAUCCUACUAAACAUUCGGUGAAAAAGUUCAAAUUCAUUGAUACAAGAAACUUGUGGGUAGAUUUGAGAGCCAUUAAAAGGCUUGUAGAUACUAAUGCACUGAAGUUGGGCUACCUUUCUAUGUUAAAGUUAUUUGAAAAAGCAAUUGGCAUUAUGAUUCCUCAAUCUCGUUUUCCUCCAUUAAAUUCCACAUCAGACUUACUUCUUUUCCAGUCGGACCUUUACUCAUUUACCGAAGGCGUUUUAAUUCGAAAUGAUGCUAGGACUACUCCUACUAACCCUUCCAUUGAUUUAGGACCGGAAUUUGAAAAGGUUAGCGAUUUCCAAAGUCGCUUUAAAACCAUUCCUAGCAUUAUUAGGCUGGAUAGCUUGGAGGUGACUGGUGAUGUUUGGUUUGGCGCUGAUAUAACUCUCAAGGGGAGAGUUAGAAUUGCUGCAGACCCUGGAGUGAAAUUGGAAAUUCCUGAUGGAGUCGUGCUUAAGAAUGAGGAGAUCAAAGACCCCAGAGACAUUUAAGGUGGGGAGCAUUUAUACCAUUGUCACUUAAUUCGUUUGACCAUGAGGAACAACACAGAUGCAAUAGAAGAUUUUGCCAAUGCGUAGUAUCAUUUUUUUCCCCCAAAUUUUGUUUUCAAUGAAUGGUCAUUGUUAACGGUAGAAGAAGAUAAUAGUUGGAGCAUUGGGCUGAGUGAAUGCACAUUAUGAUCGGCUUACCAGAAAAUGAUUGCUCUAACUUAUAAACAUCUCUGUUUUUCUUUUCUCGUGCAUUAGGGGAAAGAAAGUAGCAGAGGGUAUGGAAAGACCAAGCUUCAUGUUAUGUAUUUUUCAUGUUUGUAAUGUAUAAUAAGAUAGCUAGAUUCUGCAUUAAACUGAAGAGGAGUCCAACUCUUUCUACGUCAUAAAUACAUUUCAAAAACUCCUUUUGCUUCUUGAGAUGAAGUACAAAUCUGCUUCUGAAGCGCAGUACCUUUUCUCCUCAACGGCAUUGCAUUACCUUGUAAGAAACGUUUUUCAGGUUGAGCCAUUGCCAGAUUUUAAGAUAAUUGCAAUUCAUUCUUUUCAA